AUGAGCUUCCACAGCGUUGUUGAGAAACAACGGGCUUAUUUCAACACUGGUAAAACCAAGAGCAUCCAAGAACGUAUUUCUAACCUACAAACUUUGCGCAAACUUGUCGAAGACAACACUGAACAGCUUUGCGAUGCUGUUUAUAAGGAUCAUAGAAGACUUCCUGCGAACACGUUUUUCUUGGAGAUCAGCAACACCAUUCAAGAGAUCGAUUAUACAAUAGCCAAUCUCAAAGAAUGGGCUCAACCUACUUAUGUUGAUAAGACUGUUGUCAAUGCUCUCGAUCAGCCUAUGAUUGUCAAGGAUCCUCUCGGAGUAGUUCUGAUCAUCUCACCAUGGAACUACCCAGUAGCCAUGCUAACACUUCCUUUAGUUCCUGCUAUUGCUGCUGGAAACACUGUAAUUCUCAAGCCAUCUGAAGUUUCUAGUAACACCGCUGCUGCUAUUGAAGAAUUGUUCGCAAAGUAUUUCCCAGCCGAGUACAUUAGUGUGGUGAAUGGAGGGGUUACUGAAACAACAGAGUUGUUGAAAGAAAGAUUCGAUCAUAUUUUCUACACUGGAUGUCCACCUGUAGCGAAGAUCAUUAUGGCUGCUGCCGCCAAACACUUGACUCCAGUCACAUUGGAAUUAGGUGGCAAAUGCCCUGUUAUCGUCGAAGACGAUGUUGACUUGGACAUCAGCGCACGUCGAAUCGCCUGGGGAAAAUGGAUGAACUGUGGUCAAACAUGUUUGGCACCUGAUUAUAUUCUCGUUUCGGAGAAAUCGAAACCGAAGUUGAUUGAAGGAUUCCGUAAAUACUUAAAAGAAUUUUAUGGCAGUGAAAUGAAGGAAAGCAAAGAUUACUCUCGAAUCAUCAGUCAACGCCAUUACGAUCGUAUCUCUUCGCUUCUUGAACAAACCAAGGGAACGGUUUUGUUCAGUGGCGGUGAACGAGAUCGUGAUGAUCUUUUCAUUCCCCCUACGAUUCUUGAUGUCCAUGUAGACGAUCCUUUCAUGCAGGAUGAAAUUUUUGGACCUGUGCUUCCUGUUGUUACUGUCAAAGACUUGAGUGAAGCUAUUGACUUUAUUAAUAAGGGCGAAAAACCUUUAGCCGCUUAUAUUUUCACCUCCAACGAGGCCAAGGCUAAGAGAUUGUAUUCAGAAACAAGCAGUGGAGGAGUUACCAUCAAUGAUGUCAUCAUGCAUAUUACAGUUGACACUCUGCCUUUUGGUGGCGUAGGAACUUCCGGAAUGGGAAGAUACCGUGGUAAAUACGGAUUCGAUACUUUCUCUCAUGAGAAGUCUGUGUUGAAACGCGGUUUCUUCGGAGAAGCCUUGCAAGCGGCACGUUAUCCACCGAUGUCAGAGAAGAAACUUAACAAUCUGAAGAUGCUCACCGGUAAACGAAUCGGCAUGCCCGGUUUCGUUGGAUGGAUUGGACGCUUGCCGGUAAUUGUUCUCUCAAUUGUCUUCGGAAUGUUCAUGCAGGCAAGUGACGGGGAUAUUUUGGUAGAAUUCUUGUUGUAG